UCUCUCAGUCUCGAGGCUCCGGUCACACGCGACAAAGGAGACAAACAAUGGCCAACAGAGAUGAAAUCCUUGCCAAUUUCCAGGCGUGCUCAGGAAUCGACGAUGUUGGCGAGGCCUUCAUGCACCUGGAGGCAGCCAACUGGAACCUCCUGGAGGCCCUCCAGGUGGUUAUGCCCCAGGAGGCCACCCCAGCCACACCUGCUCCCCUGCCUCCACUACAGCCAAUUUCUCAGUCUGAGGUGAUAAGCGUGGACUCCUCGCCAGAAAUGUUACCUCCCCCCAUACCACCCCUACCUGCUGCAGUGCCCUCCACCUCCGCAGCCACUUUGCCUUCAUCUUCAGAUACGGCAGCGGUGAUGGACGUCAAUAUACAGGUCUUGUGUGGAGGCGCGUCAGAGGGCAGUUCCUUCCCCCUGGAGUUGCCCAACUCGACAUCAGUGAGCGAACUACGCACAAUGCUCCAUCAGCUUGUUGGCAUCACCCCUUGCAAUCAGAUUCUCGAAGGCUUCAAGACCCCAGUAGAAGACAGCACUGUGAUCACGCAUGCAUUGUUGCCAGAGUCUCGCACACUCACCCUAAAUGCUCAGUCUUCAGUAUCAUUUGGCAACUAUUUUGAUAGAGUUAAUGGCGCGCACAGCGAUGAGUACCUUCUCCUCAUCCACGAUGAAACCAAUGGCAAGAAUUACAGCCUCAAGUUCCCAGGCAGUCGUCGCAUCCGGGAGAUCAAGGGUGACAUCCACGACUUGACUAACAUUGCAGUACGCAACCAGCAGUGGACAGGCUGGCCUCCAAAUACUGAUGAGGAGAAUGCCACUUUAAAUUCAUCAGGGAUUAGCAAACAGCAUCACUUAACAGUGCGGAAACUUGUAAGGGAACGUACACCACGGGCCCAGAGAAAGACACUGGUGGAUACAGAGGACGAUAACGCCUCGGGUGAAGAAUUCGAAGACACUCCAGAGCUUCUCAAUGAUGAUGACGACUUCUUUGGGAUGAUGGAUGUAGAUGUGCCUUCAUCCAAGAAGCCACAGACACUGAUCCCCGCCGAUAUAGAGGAUGAGGUGAUGGGUGUAAUACACUUCUCAGAGGAGUUCCGCAACCGUUAUGGGAAUUGCGUGCCCAUGUUCUACCAGGGUUCGCUAGAGGAUGCGCUCAAGGAGUCCGUUCAGCUACCAGCGAAAAAUAGAAAGUUGUUGGCUGUAUACUUACAUCAUGAUGGCAGCGUCCUGUCCAAUGUUUUCUGCUCACAAGCUCUCUGUCAGCUCUCCACGGUGGACUACCUCUCAGCAAACUUUGUGGUUUGGGGUUGGGAUCUCACACAUGAAGCUAAUAAAGCCAGGUUAUUGAACUUAGUAACCACACACUUUGGCUCUAUGGCCUCUACCACCGUAAGGACUUUCAGUGUGGACAAGCUCCCAGCCUUACUUGUCAUCACACGGACGAGAGGAACCAUUGAGGUUCUCUCAGUCAUACAUGGCAAUGCAGUCCUAGAUGAGGUCAUGACAGCAUUACUCCACGCAAUGGAAAUGUUUGAGGAGCAAAGAGUGACGGAGGUGCAGGAGGAGGAGGCACGGGAAGCCAGGGAAGCAGUCAAGGCAGAGCAAGAUGCAGCAUAUUUGGAAUCUCUGGCUGCUGACAGAGCAAAGGCGGCUGCAAAGAAACAAGCAGAAAUGGAAGAGAAGCAAGAGAGAGAGAGAGUGGAGUCCAUCAAACAGCAGGAAGAAGCAAUUAAGCAGGCUGUGAGAGCAUCAUUAGAGACAGACCUCCCGGAUGAGCCUGGGCCAGACUGCAAAGAACCAGUGUCAACCCUUAGAUUUCGGAUACCUGGAGGAGAGACCUUCACCCGCAACUUCCUUGCAAACACCACUCUCCAGGUUCUGCUCAACUUUCUGCAUGUCAAAGGAUAUCCAGCAGAUGAAUACAAGUGUCUUCAGUCUUGGCCCCGCAGAGAUGUGAGCUCUCUUGACACAUCCAAAACCUUGAUGGACUACAAGCUGUACCCACAAGAGACACUGAACAUUGAAGAGCGAUGAGGAGUCUCUAAGGGGCUGUCCUAUGCCCCCAUACCCCUAUCCCUCCCCUGCCUUCCAUACCCCCUCCCUACAUGCCCACAGACACAUCCCAUGCAUCAACAUCUGUGUUUGUAUGUUUGUGCAGUCCUGGAAGCUUCUAAAGAGUCCUUUUAGGGUGACACAUCAUUUUGUCCCCCUAUCCUCCUCCCCUCCCUUUGAUCCCCUCUGGCAACACUUCACUUUUCCUUCACCCACCCCCCUGCCUCCCCUUCCCCCUUAGAGUCCUUAAAGAAAAAAAAGAAAAAAAGACUCCUGUGAUUUGACAAAGAGACGAGACCCCCCGGGUGUUUUGCAUGUACACUGUGAAGAUGGAGAGAGGAGGGAAAGAAAAGAAGAGGAAGUCCUUUCCUCCUCUCCAAGAAGUAGUAGAAGGAGACAGAGAAGAAGAAAAGGAAAAAGUGUCCAAGUGGUAGUCAAUAAGUUGGGAGGAAGAUGCACAGUGGACUUUUUUUUUCUCUCUCCCUUAUUUCUUUUCUUCUUUUUGUUCAUGUGUAGUUAGGAUGUACCCCCUCUCUAUCUUUUUAAUUUUUUGGUAUUAUUAUUAUAAUUAAACAUCAUUAUCAUCAUUGCUACCAUCAUAAUCACUUUGCUUUUUAUUCUAUUUCUGUCUUUUACUUGACUUUUUUUAUGAUUGUUUUUUUUUUCUCUGAGCAUUUCUCGUUGGGUCACGAUCUCUUUAUCACUAGGCUUGACUGUAUAGUAGUAAAUUACUGGAAUUGCAGAUAUAUACUCUACAUUUUUAUAUAAGAUUAUUGUAGCCUUUAAGGAAACAAAGCAAAAAGGAACAAAAAAAUAUAUAUAUAAAGCAAAAAAAAAAAAAAAACUAAAAAAAAAAAAAAAAAAAAGGAUGAGGAUGAUCAGAAAUGACAAGUAAGUUGAGGAUACAUUUCUCGUUGGAAGAUUAACACAGGUUCCAAGCUCCUGAUGGAAAGGAAGUAUGUCUCAUUUUGUCACCUAAUUUUUAUCAGGCAGUAGAACCCUUCUGAACGGAAAAAGGGAUAGGGAUAAUUGUAAUGAUGAGGUGCAUAGAUUGAUCAUAAUAGUAAAGUAACUGGUAAUUUCAAGGACAGAUUCUUGUUGCCGCUUCCACCUUCACUAUAACGUUUUGUGACCUUUGGCCCCACUUGUGUUUAUAUAUACCAAGUUGAUGUACUUUUUAUUACACUUCUCCACUCAUGUUGGCAUGCCCAUCCACACAUGUACACACAUAUCCACAUGCUGCAUCUGUACACAUCUGCAAAACAUACAUGCCUAUACAUUCACACUCAUGCACUCUCUCACUUUUUUUUUUUUUUUUUUUUUUUCUUUUUUUUUCUUUUCUUUUCUUUUUUUUCCCCCCUUUUCUCUUACUUUGCCAUCUGAAAAGAGUCCUUGUGGUGUGAACUGAAACCAGUGAAAGAACAUUCAAAAGGGUUCAGAGCAAGACAAGAGGUUUUGACUGCAAAGUUCACCCUCGUCCUCUUCCUCCCUCACCACUAUCCACUCCCUUUAGCAAAUUAUAUAUCCCUGAAUUGUCUUUUUAUUUUCUCUCUCUCUUUUUUUCAUUCAUUUUUUCUCUCUUUUUUUUUUAAGAGUUGUUUACAAAAUGUAAACCUGCGACUUAUAUAUCCUUGGCCAUCAUAUGGCUGAUCACAACUGAAGUCAACAAACUUAAUAUAUAUAUAGGCAUUUUAAGGGACUCGUCGCUGGUGAUUUUUUUUCUUGGGUUUGCGUUCAGACGAGUGAGUUAUGAUUAUCUUUAUUUUUUUUUAUUUUUUUUUUUUAAGAUUGUUAAUUUUGAAAACAAAACAUAAAAAUACCAUUUCCUUUUUUCCCUCCUCCCUGUUUUGUAUAUUUUCCCCUUCAUUUCCUCUUAUUUCUUUUGUUAAUGAUAUAGACAUUUACAUUGUUUUAAAUGUGCAAGCAUUACUUGCAUGUGAUAUGAAGAAAAAGUAAAAUAAAAUAGAAAUGUACCAGUAAGACAGCAUUUAAGCAUCUUAUUUUGUGUAUGUGUGUGUUUAUAUAGUAUAUUUAUAUAUGUACAUAUACAUAUACUUUAUUUAUGUAAUAAUGUAUAUGUAUGUGUAAAGGGACACACUCAUACUUUUCCUGAAAGUAUUUUUUUUUUCUUUUCUUUUUUUUCUUUUUUUUUUUACCAUGUUGGUUUGUAUUAUAUAAUGAUGCCUUAGUCUUUAUGUGUACAUUACCGAAGAGCAAGUAAAACCAUCAACCAUAUAAAAGACGGCUUGUUACAAUCCUCAGAAGAAAAAAAGAAAUGUGAAAAUUAAUGUAAAAAUUCAGUAAAAAGUAAAGUGAAGGUUCUUGUUUUUAUUAUUUAUAUUAGGUAGUAAUAUACUUGUAGUGUUAGCAUUGUUAUGUUUCCGCAGUGAGAUUAAGGACAAUGUUAAGGUGACUGAUGAUGCAAUUCAGAGAAGUCGGGGGGGGGAUGUUGGCUUUUGUCUGCUUUCUAAACUGAUUGUUCUCAUAUGCACCUUAUAUAUUUGAGGGAAUUUUUAUUUCCAGGUAAGUUGUACAUCUUAUUAUCCGUUUUGGCUUGUCUCCAUCUUUGCCUCUAGCAGCCCUUCCCUCGUCAUCUUCAUACUCCAUACUCCUCCUCCUCCUCCUCUUUUUUUUCCCUCUUCCUUCCCCCUAACUUUUUUUUAGCUUAUGAAGCUUUAUGUCAUGUCUAGUCAGAUAUGUUAGUGAUGAUUUGAACUAAAUUUGUCAAAAAUGGUCAGAAAAACAAUAGAGGAUUGCAUUUUUUUUAUUUCAAUGAUUGUUUUUAUUUUAAUCUUAUAUAUAUAAGCAUUCAUCGAGUGUUACACUGUCAGUGAUUACAGUUUUGAGUUUUUAUUUAUUUUUUUUUUCUUCUUCUUCUUCUUCUUCUUAUACCUCCCCCCCCUCCUGUUUAUCCCCACACAUCCCUUCCUCCCGUAUGCAUAUUUACAUUGUCAUGCACAAUCACAGUAUCAGUAUUUUUCUUGAAUGUUAAGCACUAUAAAAAUGAAGGGAAAGAAAAGGUGAAAAUAAAUUAAGCAUUUUUUAAAGAUAUGACUGCUACUUGUUCACAGCUGCCCUUAUAUAUUUACACAUAUGUAUGCUGCGAUCUCAAGGUACAGCUGUGACCUUAUUGUUAAAAAUAUUGUUAAAUGGAGAGUCGAGUCACUGUAUUACACUGAAUGAUGUGUUUUAGAAACAAUUUUAUGUACAUAAAGUAAAAA